AUGACUAGUGACAUUCUUGUUGACGAUAUUGAACACACGAGUAGACGCAUAGAACUGAGGGAACUCGUUGAAGAAGAUCCCAUUAUGGCAGAAAGGCGCAACACGUGUGAGAAAACUAUCAAUAGACUAAAGGAUAUGAAAAAUGAAUUAGAUGUCUUUAGGUACUGGGGAUUAUUGGACAAAUAUGAAAAACUAUCAACGCACAAUUUCGAUACCACGAGCUAUUCUCCAAAUGAUAUCUCGGUCGACAUUAGACAUUGGGAAUUAUAG